AUGCACCAAACUGAGACCAAGAACCAGGGCAGCCGGGAGGAGAGCCAGCCAGGACGAUGUCAGUGUGUGACAGUACCACAGCUGCCCUGGAGUAGAGUGACGGAAGCACAAUAUAUUCAUAAGAUAAGGGAUUCCUGGGGCCCUGAAGCCAAAUGGGACGGUCGGACGAGGAGGAGGCCCCCAGUGCACGGCGCAUGUUCAGAGUACAGCAAACGAUCGGCACAGGUGGUAGAGCUUCCCGAUGAUUAUGAUGACUCUCUGGCUCUGCGCAUUGAUCCGCAGUGGCACCUAGUUGACACCUCUCUUUUUGAGGCAACACCUGCAUAUAGUGGAGUGCUCAUGCCUGGCUGGCUUCUCACAGACGAGCUGCUAAUCAAUGCGGUCUUACAGCGGGUGACCAGUGGGGGGCGUGACCUGCCAGAGUGCUGUCGCGGGACCGGACCACUCGCUGGCUCGGCUCAAGACGUGCCCAAGGCCACUUCGCUGGACGGCAAGUCGGUCAGAGGUGAUGUAAGAGCCAGAAUUCUUCAAUAUCUGUCGAAGGAUGACCCCCUGGACUUUGCACGGUUUCCUCCAUCCUCAAGAUUCCUGCCUCGUGGCCCUGAUGGCAGCAGUGCGGGAGAGUGCCCCCCUUCUUUCUUCAUUAGAUAUUAA